AAAUUAAAUUUAUUUAAAUUUCAAAAUCCAAAAUAUGUCUCAUUAAUUAAUGUGAUUAUUAUUAUAAUAUUAAUUUAUGAUAGAUAUUGGGCUCGUGCUUUGCACACGCUUCUUCUAUAUGGUAGUGAGAAUAAACAAGAAGUGCUUAAAGGAAUAUGAUAGAAAAGUUAGUUUUAUUGAGAAAAUAUCACAUUAAGAUUUGAAUUUGAAUUAUAUUCAAAAUAGUUACUAUUAUAAUUUUAUCCACAGCAACUGAACUACUUUUGGAUGGUUCUUUUGUUGCAGCACUUUCAGGAAUAUCAUGGAAGCUGUUGCUGGGAAGGUAGUUGAAUAUAUAGAUCAGGGGGGUAGAUUUUUGAUAAAGAAGAUUACGAGUUGCAUAACCUUUGGAGAGGAUUUGAAAACUCUGGAACGAAAUGUACAACGAUUAUCAGAUAGAACAGUCGAUAUGAGGACAGAGAUUGAGAAUCAAGAGCAAUCUGGGAGGAAGAAGAGGAAACAACAAGUUGAAUCUUGGCUUAACGAGGUUGAACUGCUCGAAAAAGAUUUACAUGAGUUAAAAGAAGCAGCAACAAGAGGGAAGAAAAAUAUAGGUGCUUUGAAGGAGUUGAAUGGAAGAGUUGCAGAAGUUGAACAAAGAGGAAAUUUUGGAGAGCUCAUGCUUGAUGUGGAUGGAAGCGAGGAGUGUCCAAUGCAGGUGCAACCAGUUCAGGAGGAAAUAUCAAAACAGAAUAUAGAAGUGAUUUGGAUGUGGUUACAGGAUGAGAAUGUCUCAAGCAUCGGUAUAUAUGGUAUGGGAGGGGUGGGUAAAACCACUUUGGCUAAACAUACAUAUAAUCGUCUUCGUAAAGAUAGUCGUUAUCAAGUCCACUGGGUUACGGUCUCUCAAGGGUUUAGCAUCAAAGGAUUACAAGACUAUCUUGCGAAAAUUGUGAAGCUGAACCUAUCACAUGUGAAGGAUGAAGACGGAAGGGCGGACCAAUUAAACUGGGCAUUCAAAAAAAUUAAGAACAUUAUUGUUAUCAUAUUGGAUGAUGUCUGGGAGCGCCUUAGCUUGGAGAAGCUGGGUAACCCUCUUGGUGUGCAGGGUUGUAAGAUGAUUCUAACAACUCGCUCGUAUGAAGUCUGCCAAAAGAUGGGUUGUAAAAAACUACUCAAAGUGAAGAAACUCAAUGCUUCUGAUGCAUGGGAGCUGUUCCGGAAGAGUCUAGGAUCUGAGACUCGGCUUAGUCCAGAUAUCGAGAGAGUUGCCGAAUCCAUGGCAACAAAGUGUGAGGGCUUGCCGCUUGGGCUCAUCACUUUGGCAGGAAGCAUGAGAGGGGUGACUGAUAUAAGGGAGUGGAACAAUGCUUUGAAUGAAUUCCCUGAUGAUAUGGAAAAUGAUGUCUUCAAGGUGCUGAAGUACAGUUAUGAUCGGUUGAGAGAUAAAACUAUGCAAGAGUGCUUUUUGUACUGUGCUUUGUAUCCUGAAGACUACAAAAUUGGUAGAGAUGAACUAAUUGGUAAAUUUAUCAUGGAGGAUCUGGUGAAGGGAAAUAGUAGGGAAAAAGAGUUUAACCAUGGCCAUACGAUAUUGAAUAAACUAGUGAAUCUCUGCUUACUUGAAGCAACUGCCGAUGACUUUGGAGAUGAAGCAGUAAGGAUGCAUGAUCUACUCAGAGAAAUGGCAUUGCGGAUCACAACUGAUAAACCAAGGUACAUGGUAAGG